AUAUGAAGGGUAUUUAUUGCAGCAAAUCAUUAUAAUGAUUCGAUUUAAGAAGAAAUCAAUGUGAUGAAAGCGCCAAAACAAUAAAUUUUGCUCUAUUUGCAAAUAUCAAUUGAUUGGAAUCGUGUUUAUUAAUAUGGUUGUUUGUCAUUCUAUCAUCACACUAUCAGACGAUAUUCCAACAUUAAUUUUUCAUUAUAAUAAUCACGUUUCAUAGCUAAUACAUCGACAAUCAAUUAAAUUUUGUGUCUGUAUUCUGGUUUCAUCAUCAUCUGAAUAAUGGAAACUGACCAAUUUGAUAAUUGUGAUGAUAAUGUUGUCACAGAAAUCACAGAAAAUGAUAAUGAAAGCAAUUGCGAAAAUCAUGUUUCAUAUGCUGACUGUAUGGAAAUUAUAGAAUCAAAUUUUGCCAAACUAACCGACAAAGCUCAUCUCAUUACAUGGACUGAAUAUACGAUUAAUUUUCUGCGAAAACUUUCCUGUUUCUCAAAUCGAUAUAAUAGAGCCGUUCGAAUCUAUUAUCGAAUUGUCAAUCAUGCAAUCAGCGACCCAUAUCUACGCGACCUCAGCUCAAAAUUUGAUGAAUUUUUUAUCGAAUUCGAAAAGAAAAUAUCGUCAUUGAAAAGUUCGGAUGAUGAAUGUUCAACAGAUUGGAAUCGGUCGAUAAUUGUGGUGGAUCAAAUAUUUGAUUCAUUAGCCAAAAUUCCAAGCCAAGAUCAAUUGUUAAUGGAACAUCCAUUUUUCUUAUCGACCAUUCCGAUAGCUUUGAAAACAUUGGCCAUGAUAAGUAUGAAAUUUCAUUGUAUUGCGAAAAUCGUUGCCAUUUUUGAGAAAAUACAAGACAUUGUUUGCAAGCAAAUGGAAAAUGUGCCCAAACCUCAAUGGUUAUCAUUGAGUAACAAUCUAUUGUUAGCGAUUCGAAUCUUCACUAUGAUUUCGGUGGCAAAAGAAUUGAGCUUUGAUAAACUCAAACGUCUUGUCCUAUUACUUUUGAAUAAUGGCAUUGGUGGUGAUGAUUGUAGCAGACAAUUUCGCAAGAUAUUAAUCACCAGGGCUUUCAUCGAUUUACCAUCUAAAACAAACGUAUUGCUUGUAAAACUAUUCCUUGACUAUCAAAAAGAUAUUGGACAAUUGAUGGUGAGAAAAUUACGGCAAAAUUUUGAUCUCAACUUUUUACUUGAAUGUUCAAAUUAUUUUGGUAUCGAUCUAUUCACUAACGAAUUAUUAUUCUGGAUAAUUCCUGAUUUCAUACUCGAAUGUGAUCAACGAAUCUGUACUUUGCUUGAUCAAGUGAUUAUUAAAAAAAAACUAAUUUCUCAAAACAAACGAAUCUCACUGAUCAAUCAAUAUUUCAAUGACAUUGUUGCUCAUUUGUUUUUUACCUCUCCGGAUGAUACGGAUUUUCUGACGAAAAUUUAUGAAAUGGUACGAUUUCUAUCCAAUUACUGUGAAUGUGAAGUAUUGGAAUUUUUGCAUAAAUUUGAUAUAAAUUUGGCCGAUACGAUUCUUAGACGCUUUGCAGAAUGCCGUAAUCGAUCGCUAAAAGCAUUGUCAUUUAUUCAUCAGGUAUCGAAACUCGAAUCGGUUGAUAAAAUGCAAUGUUUCCAACAAAUCGACUUGAAUCAUUUUGAAAUGAAUAAAGAAGAAUUUCAAAGAAUCUUACAAGAGGAAUUUUUCACCUAUCACGUGCAUCGAAUCGAUCGAUUAUUGAUUCGUAAAGAUUAUUGUCAUUGCCAAAUUGAAGAAAAAAUUGUGCUCUGCCAAAGUUUUCUUCAAACAUUACAAGAGCUCGAUGAUUCAUUUCUAAAUUUAUAUCGCGUACGAAUUUAUUUCAUCAUACGCUUAAUUGUUAACGAAAAUUCCGAUAUUCGAAUCAUUGAAAUUGGACUGGAAAUUCUCGAACAUUUUGUCAUUCGUGUUGGUCGUAAUUAUUUACAAAUGGAAUUGCUAUCAAUUUGUCUGUUAAUUGUCCGCUUUGCUCAACAUUUACCUCGACAAACUGGACAAUUAUUAAUGAAGCUAUUAUGUCGUAGUGAAUUUCCCGUAUCCAUACUCUAUCAAUUGUCAUUUCUCCCUGAUCAAACGAAUAAUCCAUUGAAGCCAGCAGUCGAUAUUCUGCGCAAACGUUUUUCCGCAUUCACUGCCAUCAUAUCCCCACAAUCAAGUUUAAUGGCAACGAUUGCAUCGUCAUCUGCUUCGAUUAUGGAUGCCCACAGCAGCAGUUUACUAGAUACAAACAAUAACAGAACAACAACAAAAAAUUAUUUUGAAACAUUAAAAACGGAAACGAUCGAUGAACAAUGUCAGCUAAUCAACCAUAUUAAAUCAGUCGAAUUUGGCCUCAUUUGCCGAGAAAUUUAUUUUCUUUUGCAAAAUCUCGAUGAAUGUACAGAAAUCCAGUUGCAAGAAAUUCUUUUACAUCAAAUAUAUCAACGCUUAGAUACAAAUCGCAAAAUCUUUUACCGUAUUUGUCAACAUCGAUCAUUAGAUGCUUCAGAUUUUGGCCAUUUUCUUGCUGGUAUUUGUAUUGAUUUAAAAAUUGAAGAAACAUCAUCACCAGUGACCGCGAUAAACGUGACAUCAUCUGCAAAUGAUUCGAUCCAGAUUUUAGAAACAAGUUCGAACAACAAAACGGUUGAUAUAUCGUUGAUGAAUUUUUUUCGACAAAUCAUCUUUGUCAUGCUCAAAUGUUUGAAAUUUUCCACGCGGUCAGAGAUACAAAAACUAGCAACAAGUUGUUUGGGCGUCGUUGGUGCCAUAUCGCCUAAUUUUCUUCAAUUGGACCUGCCAUUCACCUGUGAUGAUUAUUGUUUUGAUGUAAAGCAACCAAUUUCGAAACAAAGUCAUCGUACAAUGAUCGAUUAUGCUGAUCGGAAAUUGUUCGUUUACAAAAAACGACCAUUCAAAGUGUUAGUGUUGGACAUACUCAUGGAACAGAUUCGAACCGCAUCCUGUAUAUCGGAAUAUAAUAGUGCUAGUUAUGCAUUGCAAAAAUUAUUACCCCUCUUCACUGAUCGCUCUAUUGGUCAUAGUGGUGCUGCAGUGCUUGGAUGUUCAAAUCUUGAAUUCGACACUCAAACAGCCAUUUCGACACAAAAAAUCGAACGUUUUGUCCAGAAUGAUGGUCACUUCAAAGGAAGUAAGGCAGAUUUCAAAAAAAUCAAACUAGCAUCUAGCCAAGAGUUGAAAUUUCUUGAUCGUUGUGAUCAAAUCAAACAAUUUUUACUAGAUGAACGAAAUGAAUAUCUAAAUUUGGAUCGUGAUUUUGAUGGUGAAUUGCAAAGCUAUCGAUGUAUAUUUGGAUGUUCUACAUUGACUGCAAAAGAUUUACGUAAAAGUUCGCCAAUGGAAAUGGAAAAAUUUUUUGACCAUUCAAUUAAAGCAACAAUGUCGUUCUUGGAAUUUGUACAAUCCCUCAUACAUAUGCUCUACCAUUCAUUUCUGAUUCCGAAAUUGAAAAAUAGCCAAUUAGAAUCAUAUGAAACAUUCACUCCAUUAAAUAACGAGGAAAUCUUUUCCCAGAUUUAUGCUACAAGUCAAUCAGUUAGUGGAAAUUUUCACGACCUUCGACAAGAAUUCGCCGAUAUUAAACAACGAAUUGGCCAAAUACGAACACCAGAAUCAUUUUUUCUGGUCUGUUAUCAUUCUAUCAAGGUGAAUGUUCGAUUAUCAUAUUUACUAUUGCCCGGAUUACUUAUCGUCGCAUUGGCUAAUGGCUCAAAUGAUGAUCGACAAAAAUUUGCUCAAUAUUUUCGAUGUAUGAUUGAAGAGAAAUUUCUUGCCUGUCAUUCUAUGUUUUCCAAUGAAUUGGGAGCAAUGGCAGCCGAUUUAAUCUGUUGUCUUCAUGAUUUUCUUGCCGAUUGGAUUCGUCGUCGACGUUUAGCACAUGGAGUUGUAAUUGGCAGUAAAUUUCUACGUGAUCGUACCAUUGAUAUAUUGGAUCCAGAAUAUUAUGGAGUCAAACUAUGGAUGGAUCAAAUGGAACCGAUUCUUUUAGCAAGAUUGUGUUGUCGGGCUAGAAAUUAUAGUCGAGCUUUACAAUAUUUGGAAAAUGUUUGUCAAAAUCAAUCUAUCAACGAAGAUUCUGUAACUAGUGGUUCUCGACAACAUUCUCUUGCUACAGCUAACGAUGAAUUUGUACGUGAACAUUUCCAAAUGUAUGUUGAUAUCUAUCAUGGACUCGAUGAUCUUGAAGCACUGCAAGGAUUGACCAUCCGAUUCGCUGACUCAUGGUUGAAAAGUUAUCAUUCAUUUUUGUAUCAAGAAUUUCAUCAUUCACUGCUAAAUAAUAAUUCUCUUGAACAAUUAAUCUAUGGUAACCGAUUGCUUCGAUCAAUUCAGAUGGCACCGGCCACUAAUGAAUCAGAAAAAUUGCUUGAUAUUCUGACAUUACAGGAUAAAUUUUUUGGUUCCAUGUUGAAUGUAGAAUUACCAUGGAUUUCAUUGGAUAAAUCGUCCAUUUUCACAUCAGAUGGUUAUGAUCAAUAUCGAUUGUUGGAAGCGAAAUGGAAAUUGAAUGAAUGGGAUAUGCUUUCCACUGCUACUUAUCAAUCUCAAUUAAAUAUUGACCAUUCUCCUUCACGAAAUCAAUGGCAACAGACAGGUAUUGGUGAAAUUUUCUCAGCUAUGCAUCAAAAAAAAUCACCAUUCUUGAUUGAUUCUAAAUUGUCCGACGUUCGGCAGAGUUUUCAAAAUCACCUGGAUGCUGCAUUAAUAACAAAUGCCUGGACUGCCUAUAAUCGAACAUAUAAUCAAUCUAUACUUCCAUUGCAUAUGAUGCAUGAUAUCCAACAAUUUGUCACUGUCAUCUAUAAUCGAUUAUUGAUGCUUGAUGACAGUGAUGAACCACAAUCAAAUUCCAGUUCUGAUAACGAUAAUCAUUAUGUAGAACAAUUACGAAAUUCAUUCCAUGAAAUUAUAACUGAAUGGCGGCUUCGUAAUCUGCUACUACCCGAAAGUCAACAACGGCAACAGAUUAUGGAUGUACAACGUGCACUGAUUGAAUUACUUUUACGACAUGAGAAUAAAAUUGGCCAUCAAAUGUCUUGUGAUCUACGUGAAGAAUUAUUUCGUUUUGAACAUGAUUCCAUACGAUAUGCAUUACAGUUUGGCCGUUUAGAUCGUGCUACCAUUUCUUUGGCUAAAGCAUCUCAGAUUCGUGAACAAUCGUCGCAACGAUCAUCAUGGAAAAUUAACGAUGAUAAGAUGGUGGAUUUCCUUCUGGAUCAUGCACAAGUUUUAUGGAAUAAAAAUCAACGAACCGAAUCCAUCCAAUUGCUGAACACGGAACUGGAAAAACGUUAUCAUCCCAUACAACGUCAAUGUUAUAUUGAAUCAUUGAAGAAUUGUACGCCUUUGUCCGAACAAGAUCUUUACAAUUUAUCCAAUACUUUUGCAUUGAAUUUGUCUCACGCUCAAAUCAUACAAAUGUCUGGCGGUUCAAAUCAAUCUUUAUCCACUCUAGUGAAUUGCAACAAUAGUAUGCGAGCAUCGGCUCGUUCACGAAUCCAUGAAGAAACCGUGCAAAUAUCUGAUACGGAAGAGAAUCUAUUUAAUUUUGGAAAGAUUCAAUUACGAUUGGCCAAAUAUUCAGAAUAUGGUGGCAGUCUCAAUAUACAUGCAUUGACCAUUCUAUAUAAAUCGGUGACCAUUUCCUGUCCACAAUGGGAAGAAGCACAUUUUCAGUUGGCCAUGUUUUAUCGUCGUCUCUAUCGACAAUAUCAGAAUGCAAGUCCAUUAUUGGAUAGCAAAACGGGCUUUCUCUUCGGAAAACCGAAUGAAAUAUUGGAUCUAAAAGCUCGUACAAUGAAAUCGAUUUGUGAAUCGCUUCGAUUUGGUAGCUAUAAAUUUGUUCGAUUUUCUCUGCCAACAUUGUUGGAUAUUUGGUUCAAUAUGGGCUAUGAAUUUUGGUCGCUACAAAAUCGGUUACGAGCGACUAAAGAUCAACGAACGAAAACGUUGCAUGAUCUUUGUAAAAUUCUAAUCGAACGAUCAACAUCUUGGAUUCGGGAGAUGUUCACAUCAUCGACAAACGAUGCUAUUUUCCUCAUCGAAUUGGACACAUUGAUUGGCCAUCUGUUACAUCCAAUCGAAACUAUAGCUAAAUUAGUUGAAGAAAUUCUGACUAGAUUGAUUGCCGAUUUUCCUCACCACAUGGCGUGGUUAAUUUCACGAUCAUUGUCAACGAGAAUCGGUCGUCGUGGUGUAAAAACCAAAGAACUGAUACAAGCUGCACAGAAAAUCUGUACUGGUCAACAAGGAUCGAAUAAUAUUCUAUCUUAUUUCGGUGCAUUCAAUCAAUUUUCCGAUUGUCUUCAGAGUUUGGCCAUAUAUAAAGAAUCGAAUAGAUCCUCAAGUAAUCGUCGAUCAAAUUCUGGUAAUAAGGGUGAAAUCUCUUUAAAAUUAGUAUCGCCUAAUCUUAUUCAAUGUCUGCAAAUGAAUCACAAGUUUGCUUUGCCAUCCAAUCAGUUUUUCUUGCCCAAUUCAAUGAACUUGGAGCGUUUGUCAAGAACAAAACAUGAUCAUGAUGAUGAUGAUGAUGCUCAUUAUUUUCGUACAUUGUGGAUCGAAAAAUUUCAAGAUAAAGCACAAGUCAUGACAUCAUUGCAGCAACCAAAACGAUUAACACUUUAUUGCCACAAUGGCGUGAAACGACAAAUUCUCGUAAAAUAUGGUGACGAUCUAAGACGUGAUCGUACAAUGCUUGCUUAUUGUAAUCUAUUCAAUCAAUGUUAUCGUGAUGAAAUAGUGGCCAUUGAACCAAUGUCCAAAGUGGACGAUGAGUAUGAUGCUCAACGUGAAUUGAAAAUCUGGGCCCGAAGACGACAACAGCCAUUGGUUGUGAGAACAUAUUUUGCCGUAGCUUUGACCGAUACGUUUGGCGUUAUCGAAUGGAUACCCGGAUUGGCAUCGUUGAAAUCGUUGGCCGAAAAACAAUAUUCGAGAACAAAAUGUCGUGCGAAACAAUUUAUAUUGGCUAAAAAUGCUUUCAUUAAGUCGGUCUGUGCGCCUAAUUUGAAUCGUGAUAAACGUGUUGAACGUUUUCGACAACAUUUUGAAAAUUUUUGUCCACCCGUUCUACAGAAUUGGUUCCAACAACAUUAUGUGGAUGCAUAUUCAUGGUAUCAAGCACGAAGAAAUUUCACUCGUACGACUGCCGUUUUUUCAAUGCUUGGUUAUAUUCUUGGCCUCGGCGACCGUCAUACAGAUAAUGUGCUCUUUGAUCCACAAACUGGUCAAAUGGUACAAGUGGAUUUUAAUUGCCUUUUCAAUCGCGGCGAAGAAUUUAUCGUACCCGAAUUGAUUCCGUUUCGUCUAACUCAUAAUAUGACCGCCGCUAUGGGCACUAAUGGUUAUGAAGGAUUGUUUCGAUCCACUUGUGAAAAUGUUCUUAUUGUUUGUCGACAAUUUCGUGAGAUUUUCUCACAUCAUGUACAAAUAUUUCUUUACGAUAAAUUCUUGGAUUGGAAUCAAUGUUCCGAUCGAAAUGAAAUUGCAGAAAAGUGCGUGUUCAAUGUGGAAGCACGUUUGUUUGGUAUAACUUCACGUCUUAUUGGUAAAUUAUCUCGUGGUAAUAUCAUGUCGGUGGCUGGUCAAGUGGAUUAUGUCAUCAAAGAGGCUACCGAUGUGAACAAUCUAGGUGCAUUAUACUAUGGAUGGGCGGCCUAUAUAUGAUUCAU